AUGUAAAAUAGAAUUUUCGUAGGAUAAAAGAGUAAAUACUAACAAAAUAAAAAUACUAUAAUAUAAGGAGGAUAGGCCUAAAUAUAUUUUGCGAUUGAUUCAAAAAAUUAUUAGCAGGUAGUAAUUAAAGAAUACUUUAAGGAUUCAAGCUUUUAAGUAGAUUAUGAAGUCUUAAAAAAGAUUUAAGAUAAAUAUUCUGAAAACUUAGAAAAUUUAGUCAAAAUAUAUGACUAAAGUAGUGAAAAGGAAAAAAUGAAAUUUAUAGUAAUUGAAUACUGCAAUGAAGGGGAUCUCUAUACUUAUCACAUUAAAAAAUAAUAAGAAGUUUAGACAUUUGAAUAAGCACUAGAAGUUAUAGAUAUUGCAAUUUAAAUUACUAAAGGAAUGAUGAUAUUAAAAGAACUAAACCUAGCGCAUAGAGAUUUAAAGCCUGAAAAUAUAUUGAUCCAUAAUGAUGGAGAAAAAAUUAUAGCUAAAAUAUCAGAUUAUGGACUAACUAAAGAGGUAUAAAGAGAUUUGAAAUCAAUUGUAGGAACACCAAAUUAUAUGGCUCCUGAAAUACUAUCUGCUUAUAAGAAAGGCUCAGUAUAUGACGAUAAAAUAGACGUUUGGUCUUUUGGAUUAAUUUUAUAUGAAAUGUUUACUUGCAAAUGUUAGUAAAUUGGUUAUAAGAUGCCUUUAAAAAGAUCCUAAAAAUAGACCUGA